AUUUAAUCCGCUGCCUUCCUGGAAAGGGAAUAAUCAAACACGCCCCGUCACUUCGCCGCACACAUCACAGUGAUCGCAGCCGCUAAGUCAAACAUUCCCAGCUCACAGAGUCACACACAUGGAGCAACACAGCCACUGCUGGUACUACGGCGGCGGCAUGGCUGUCACCGCAGCCGCCGGUGCCGGCGCGGCGUCGUCGACAUCCUCGGAAUCGCAGCCGUCUGGCUACGACUACGAGACGGCGGGGAGCGCCGAGGUGUCGGCGCCCGGCGGCGGUGCGGGCCGCGAGAGGGCGGCGAGAAAGGAGGAGGGCGGGGCGGGGGCGGCGGCGGCGGCGGCGGGCUUCAUCGGCGUGCGGAAGCGGCCGUGGGGGAGGUUCGCGGCGGAGAUCAGGGACUCCACGCGGAACGGCGUGCGGGUGUGGCUCGGCACGUUCGAGACGGCCGAGGCCGCCGCGAUGGCCUACGACCAGGCCGCGCUCUCGGCGCGGGGCGCGGCCGCGGCGCUCAACUUCCCCGUGGAACGCGUGCGCGAGUCGCUCCGCGCGCUCGCGCUCGGCGCGGCCGGAGGCUCGCCCGUGCUGGCGCUGAAGGGGCGGCACUCCAAGCGAAAGCGGCGGAAGAGAUCAGAGCUGGCCGGUGCCACGGCGACGGCGAACAAGACGACGACGACGACGUCCGCCACGACCGGCGGGGAGCACAAGCAGAUCGUCCUCGAGCUGGAGGACCUCGGCGCCGACUACCUAGAGGAGCUCCUCUGGAUGUCCGAGCAAACUAGCCAUUGAUGAUGAUGCGAACGAACCUGCAAAAACAUAGCUCUCGCGCGCGAUCGAUCGCGAGUUCAAUACUUCAACUCGAUCACAUCCAUGCCUUGCAAUGCAGUGUGUGAACUCGACCGAUCAGUUGGUAGUGGAUUCCAUGUGAAAAAAGGCUGCAACGUAACUGCUUCAAAUCGUGACAUAAAAUUGGACUCAUGCUUGCCUUUCAUCA